CAGAGCCAACAACAACAACAAGACCAACAAGAACGGCGGUGGCGGCGGCGGCGAUAGCAGCCGGCGAACUGGGUUUGUCAAAAUUGCAGCGUUUGUAGUGGUUCUUGUGUCUUGUAGCAACGAAAACGUGGACGCAACCAGCAGGAAAAUGUGAAUCCAGAAAAGACCACCACCACCACCAUUAUGGACAUAAUUACUGGAAGGGGGUGGAUUCAGGACUUCUAGCCGUCUUACUGCUAUAAUAUAUAUAUACACACAGAUUUAUAUAUAUAUAUAUACAGGGGUAUAUAGAAAAAUACGUAUGUUUGACUAGAGAUAUAUUAAGACGUGUGUGUGUCUCUGUAUAUAGAAUCUACAAGUUUAUUGUAGCCUAUAUAUAUAUACACAUAAUACAUACAUAACAUAUACAUACAUACAUACAUACAUAUAUAAUAUAUAUAUAUGUAAAUACCGUCACAUCGUGUUGCUGUUCUCGUAGCAUAAACAGGCUUCCCUUUCUGAGGUAAGGCUCAACAAGUUAGGAAAGCAACACCUACUACUACUACUACUACUACUACUACUACUACUACUACUACUACUACUACUACUACUACUACUACUACUACUACUACUACUACUACUACUACUACUACUACUACUACUACUACUACUACUACUACUACUACUACUACUACUACUACUACCAUUAAAUUAAUUGUGAACUCAGAGUUAAAUUUAAUACAGAGAGCAUACUAGCAUCACUAUAUACUUAUCUAUCACUCAUUGCAUAAACAACAAAGCACACACACACGUACACACACGUACACAAAUACACGUAUACAUACGCACACACACACACGUGCGUGUAAAUUCACACGAAAACAAACACACACACACACAUACUCACCUAGUAAUAAUUAAGAGAUAUACAAACGUGCAUUAGCUUUCACUUACUCUAUCAUUUACCGGAAGAAACAAUUAAAUACACACACGCCCAUAUUUAUUCUCAUAAACACACACAGAUACACACUCACACGCACACACGCACACACAUACACAUAUAUAUACAUUUGUGCAUCUAUACACACAACUCUCUUCUUCUGUAUCUCUGUUGUCCAGAGCCAUCCGUCUCUACAAACAGUUUUCCUAUCUCCACAGCUAUCUUUCUCCGUAUCGGAAUUUAACAAAAGCAGUUGGCCACUAUCGCCAGUUAUUUAUCCAUUCAUUCUUUUAGUCAAUGAAUCAUUGACUGAAGUCUAUACACACACACAAACACACACACACGCAUUCACAAGCGCUGGGGAUCUAUCUAUCUAUCUAUCUAUCUAUCUAUCUAUCUAUCUAUCUGGGGGAGAAAAAGCUUUCGUAUAUAAGAAGGAAUCUCCUUUGCAUGUGUCCUAGAUAGCUACUUCGAUCUUUCAUCGAAAACAAGACAAACAGACACACGUAAACACAUACUCUAAAAUAUAUACACAUACGUAUAUAUAUAUACAUAUAUAUAUAUAUAUUUAUAUCUGUAUUUGUACUGACAAAAACACGUGGAUGUUUAAAAUGAAGGACCAGAAACCAAAUGCGACCAAAUGUAACAACCAUCAGACCAAGGGACCAAGAGUGGAUCUGAAAAGGGGUUAACUGAUGCUGGUUUAGGAAGCCGUUACUUUUGGAUUCAAGAUGAAGCUCCGUCAGCUAAUGGUCAGCUCCUUGCCCCGAAUGAGGGCCAGGAAGAAAAAACAACCGUCUUUUCAAGUACUGAACAAUGAAGCCCAACAGUACGACCGCAACUGCAAUAGUUUUAGUCCAGAAAUGUCCCCUGAUAUGAAUGCAAAAGGUGACAUUGAUAUUGUGAAAAAUGUCUGCUUCCGAAGUGGAAUCGAAAACAGCGGCAGUGUUAGUAGUGGCACCAGUAAUGGGAACCAUACCAGUUCAACAACCACCACCACAACAACAGCAUCAAUAACGUCAACAAAUAAUGUAGGCAAUGGCAGUACAAACAAGACUGAGAACAAUUGCCAUGCUAUAGACUGCAUCGAUGUUGUGAACUUUAAUGUGAACAUCAAAGGAGCGCCUGGUGACAACAAAUGCGUUUGUUGCGACAAACACAUUUCACAGAUUAUGGCGUCAUCUUCGUCAUCAUCAUCACAAGAUGCUGAAAGUACAGAUAACGAUGAGAAUAGCAGCACCAGUGGCUGUAGCUCGGCUUCUAGCGACAAGCAGAACAUUCCGAAGACACGAUCUCGCAUCCGGACCAAUCCUUGGUUACCUUCACCAAGACCGACACCAUCCACUUCACCAACUUACUCGUCUUCCUCAUCCUCACUUACCUCUCAUUCGCCCCUAGUGUCGCCACAUAUUACUAAGGGCCGAUAUUCACAUCCGGCCGCCAACGCUGAUUUCCGGCGACUCCAAGAAAAUAAAGGAUGUCGAGUACGCUCUGACCGCAGCUGGACACGAAAGUUCGUACUGACCAACUUAAACGCCGCAAUUGGCAACGGCCGUCCACGUGGUUAUUACUUGUCGGACAGUGAUGAACAAUCACCAAUCGGAGACAAGAAUGGGUCGAUUACAGAAGAAGAAGACGACGGAUACUUUGACCAUCGAAUCAGUUUCGAAUAUGAAGAAACACUGGAGAAUUUGCUGGAAGGAGACCUCCAACAGCUGCGGAACGAGAGUUACCUUUCCAUACAAGACUUAUUAACCGACGACUCGCGUCGCGAUAAACGGAGGAGCACUUGCUCAGAAUUCAGUUGUUGCCAUGACGACAGCUGUGAUGAAAGCGUUGCAGCCGACGCCAUUAGCAACGACCUGGAAGGUUCAUUAGUUUCAUCAACUCUCAGCUCUGAGUUGACUGAUAUACGGGAAACAGACACUGGCUAUUCAAGUUUAGCCUUCGACAGUCCCUCAUCUGAUUUAGACAAGGCUUUUGAAAAUAUUUCAGAACAAGGAGACAUUAAUGCUACAGUACAAACUGGGCGAAGAAGCAGAGAUUUAUCCGAUGACAACAACAAAACGGAAGACGAGGAAUCCGAGAUUCGGUCUGAAUUAGCCGAAGAGAGCGAGCUUAUGGAUCUUUUCCGUGACGAUUUAACUGAUGACGAAGUGGUUGCAACUUUGGACGAAUCGACAAUAAAGGUUCUUCAAUCUACCGAUUGCUGCUCUGAUGACGAUGAGCUGUUGGCAUUGGAAGAAUCGGAAAAAGUAUCCAGUCUUGUCGGCAAAAACCAAUACGUAAAGCCUACUGGAAAUGAGAAAGACAGUAUAGCUAAAGUUGUGGUCGACGACGAUGGAUGUGUCACCGGUGCUGUGCCGCGUCGAUCUCUCAACGAGAUAAGAUGCAGUCUUGAAGAGAAAGUCAACAAACUUCGCCAAGAGAAACAACUUGUGGAGCAAAAAAUUCGUGAGGCGAAAGAAGCCGAAAAGAUCCGAGUGCAAGAGAAAAGGAAAUUACAAAAACACGUGAUCAUGCACCGGAAACAGAUGCUUCUACAGACACUAACCAAUCUAAAGGAGAGGUUAGAAAACCAAAGCACUCGUCUGCAAACAAGCUACAGCGCCGUUCUUUCGAUGCAGCAAAGAUUUGCACAACGCCAAUCUCCAUUGCUGCUGAUAUCAGCGAGUAGCUCUUGAGACAACUCAACCAAAGAUUUCUUGCUUUCAGGGCAACAAUAUCAAAAUUACUAGAAUGUGUGAGCCCCACCCAAAAUACAAACGAAAACUGAAAGAAAGACAGAGAAAAAAAGAAAGAAAAGACAAACAAAAAAAAGAAGUUUCUCUUCCAUGACCCACUUAGAAAAAUUCAUGAACAAUAAAAACAGCAACAGUAAGAACAACAACAACAGUCGUACUGAAAGAAGAUGGGAGAGUGUUCGAAUGAGGACAUCGCAACUAUUUUGACUUCAGGUUGAAUAGAGAAAGAAAAAAAAAUUAUAAUCUGUAGAAUAGAAGAUGAUGUAUUUGGAGAGUUUAUCACCACACCUCACUGACUCUAUUAACGGUAGCAGGGCGAAGAGCAAGGGGCAGGUCACAGAAGGUCACAGUAGACAUAGAUAAAUAAAUAAAGUAUAGAAUCCAACAGGUAGCUGUAGAAACCAUAGAUAUGUAAAAAUGUUUAAUUCGGAAGCUUAUUGCCACAAAAAGAAUGUCCACGAUAAACCAGAAACUAUACAGCAGAUAAAAAAAACUGCAGCAAGCGUAACCAGAACAAUAGCAAUAAAUAAAUAUGUAAAGAGAUUAGGGAAUAGACGUUAGUGAUUCGGAGGGAUGUUAAGAGAAACUACAAGAAGUUCUAAUGAAAUUUAGAAUAGGAACAAAACCUGAUAAACAAGUUAAUAAUCGAUUGUUGAUGAUUAGAUCGAUAAAAUUGAUAGAUAAGCAACUAACUAAAAGAUAUAUUUGGAAGUAGAAAUAACCAAAUGUAGAAAGAGCAGCCAUGAUUUUCUAAUCUACAGAGAAAUAACAUAAAAACAUUAGAAUUUCCGAUUUAUAGUGAUGGAUAUUAUUUAUUUAAAUAUUGAUAAAACAAAAAUGAUUGGUGCUGCUGCUGCUGCUGCUGCUAUUAUUAUUUGCAUCUAAAAUUAAUUUCAUUCACUUUCUCCAGGCUUUUUGGACCAAACUUUUCCUCCUUUUUUUCCUCCUUUUUACAUUUUUAUUUCUCAUUUCAUAUUUCUUCUUCAAUUUGCUGUCCUUAGAUUAUACAUUAAUAAUUUCAUUUGUAUCAGUUUACCAACCAGAUUAAUUCCUCUUUACCAAAUAGAUACUUUUACAGCUACAUAAGAUACAAGGCUCCAUCUUUGGGAUGUAUGUAUGUAUGUAUAUAUGUACGUAUUCAUGCAUGCAUGUAUAUAUA